AUGGCAUCCGAUCGACGGUGCCUUUUCGAGCGCCUCCCAAGGGAGGUACAGCAGAUGAUCUUCAAGGAGGCACUAACGGAUUGCGACUCGGAUAUUAUCUUCGACGCGAAUCAGAGCGGAGAAAACCAUAGCUGCCUUCGCGUGCUCGAAACCCUGAGUUCCGUCAAGCUGGAAAUCUAUCAAAGUGCCCUCGAUUACAUGGGCGAUAUCCUACGAAUUGUCAUCACGAUUGACGAAGAGCCCCACCGAACAACCCUCCAGGCAUUCCGCCGGCAAAUGCCUUAUGAAAUCCGUCGAUCUUUCAAGCGAGUCUAUCUGCCAAAGUUCACGAUCGUGGGCCUAAUAUGUCCGGAGACGUGGUUGCCGGAGCGUAAGAUUGGCAUUGGCCUUAUUAACAUGCCCCACCGCCUGAUCGAUUCUAGGACUCCCUAUGCCAACAAAAAAUUGCUGGAGGUGGGCUGGAACGAAGAGCUCAAUGAGGAUAUCUGGUAUACCAUGGCGCUCAGGCAGGACAUGCGUCUGGGUUUGCAGUUACUUCGAAAUACCUUCCCCUCGCUUCAGCACCUCGAUCUCGGCGUUGAUCUGCUUGAAUGUAUCCCCCCUUCGAACUUUACGCUCUCGGGCUCUCUUGAUAAUGUACGGGCUCAAGGUCCCGGGCUGAGACCUACAUCCCACGUCGUCGAGCACUUAGGUUCCCUUGCUACGUUCCCCGGGAUCCAGGCCAUGUGCAUUCGCGUCUUUUGGGACGAUUUCAUCGAGCGAAGGAAAGCGUUUAGUACCAAUAUUCCAUUGACGGAUGAGAUACGAAUCGAGCUCCAGGAGUAUGUCAUCGCCGCUCUUAGGCAUUUGAUUCCGGCGAAGAGCAUCACCGGUCACUCGCUCUCGGUUGGAUGA